CCGGGCCAUCCGCUCGGCCUUUGGCCUAUCACCGCGAAUGAUCUUACAAAUCUUGAGGAAUACACUCCGCUCAGAUUCGAUCAGCGAGCUUUGGAUUCAUCCAUGAGUCACAGGCAGCUUUUUGUUCCGUCAUCCGAGGACGUUGUGGAUGCUGGAGGAGGAAAGUUCAGGAAGGGUCCGCGAGGGGAACCGAAAACGAAAGCAGCCGCGGGCAGCGAUAAAAGCCCCUCAGAGACCCUUUCGUUGUGGUCGCAACUCAAACCCACUUGCACUUCCUUUUUGACCCCUCGACCGAAAACCACCCGUGAAUCGCUACACCACAGCCAGCAGCAUGCCUUUGCUCAACGGACGAGAAGUCGGCGACACCGGCUAUGGAACCAUGAGAAUGACCUGGGUCCCUCAGCCUCCCCCACAUGAGCAAUGCUUCGACACCUUGAACACCACACUCAAGCUGGGUGCUAACUUCUGGAACGCCGGCGAGCUCUACGGUACACCCGACUACAACUCGCUCCACCUGCUGAACAAGUACUUCACCGAAUACCCCGAGAACGCCAGCAAGGUGGUUCUCAGCAUCAAGGGUGGCUUGAAGCGUGGCGUGCUCACUCCCGAUAGCUCUGAGGCCAACAUCCGUCGGAGUGUGGAGGAGUGCCUACGCGUGCUGGACGGAAAGAAGACAAUCGACAUCUUCGAAUGCGCCAGACAAGAUCCCAACGUGCCGGUGGAGCAGCAAGUGGCUGUCCUGGCCCAGUACGUCAAGGAGGGCAAGAUUGGGGGCAUUGGCCUGAGUGAAGUAAAUGCUGAGACUAUUCAGAGAGCUCACAAGGUCCACCCCAUCGCGGCUGUAGAGGUUGAGUUGUCCCUCUGGGACACCACGGUCCUUCACAACGACGUUGCCAAGGUCUGCGCUGAGCUCAACAUCCCGGUGGUGGCAUACUCGCCUCUGGGCCGAGGUGUGUUGGCGGGGGCCUUCAGCAGCGCGUCUGAGAUCCCGGAUGGCGAUUUCCGGAAGACGCUACCGAAAUUCAAAGAUGAAGCCAUGAAGGAAAACAUUAAGCUGAUCAACGAGGUCAAGGAAUUGGCCACGCGUAAGGGCGUGGCUCCCGUACAGAUCGCACUAGCUUGGCUUCUCACUCUGAGCGGCAAGCCUGGCAUGCCGACUAUUAUCCCCAUCCCCGGUGGUACAACCGUCGACAAGGUUACUCAGAACCUGGAAGGAGUUCCCCGCUUGAGCGAUAGCGAUAUGGAUGAGAUUAAGAGCAUCUUGGAGCGGAUUCCGGUGGUUGGGGCUCGCUACUAAAGCUACGGUGUGAUGUCGGGUCGCGCCCAAUCGAAGGCUCAGAAGGUAUAUGUAUAUCAACAGUUAUGAAGGCUGAAAUUAAUUCCAUUGCUAUCUAUUAAUUAAGAAAGGUCCUGAUUGAUCCGGGACUGUCAGCGGUUGAUCAGGCAGAGGCAGAAAGCUGCAUGAGCAUAAUGAA